CCCGGACUCUGCAGCUGCGCCCGCCACCCCCCUCCGCGCUCCGCUGUCUUGCCCCGCCGGACCCGACCGCUACCUGCCCCCGACAUGGAUCGACAGAAGGCGCUGGUGUCCCGCUGCGGGGAGCUGGUCCACAUCCGCUACCGGCUGCUUCGCCAGGCUCUGGCGGAGUGCCUGGGAACUCUCAUCCUCGUGAUGUUUGGCUGUGGCUCCGUGGCCCAGGUUGUGCUCAGCCGGGGCACCCAUGGUGGUUUCCUUACCAUCAACCUGGCGUUUGGCUUUGCCGUCACCCUGGGCAUCCUCAUUGCUGGCCAGGUCUCUGGGGCCCACUUGAACCCUGCUGUGACCUUUGCCAUGUGUUUCCUGGCGAGAGAGCCCUGGAUCAAGCUGCCCAUCUACUCCCUGGCUCAGACCCUGGGAGCCUUCCUGGGUGCUGGGAUUGUUUUUGGACUGUACUAUGAUGCAAUCUGGGCCUUUGCUGGCAACGAGCUUGAAGUCUCCGGCCCCAAUGGCACAGCUGGCAUCUUUGCCACCUAUCCCUCUGGACACUUGGACAUGAUCAAUGGCUUCUUCGACCAGUUCAUCGGCACGGCCUCCCUCAUCGUGUGUGUGCUGGCCAUCGUGGACCCCUACAACAACCCCGUGCCCCGUGGCCUGGAGGCCUUCACCGUGGGCCUGGUGGUUCUGGUCAUCGGCACCUCCAUGGGCUUCAACUCCGGCUACGCUGUCAACCCUGCCCGGGACUUCGGCCCCCGCCUCUUCACCGCCAUUGCUGGCUGGGGCUCAGAAGUGUUCACGACGGGCCGCCACUGGUGGUGGGUGCCCAUCGUCUCCCCACUCCUGGGCUCCAUCGCGGGAGUCGUCGUGUACCAGAUCAUGAUCGGCUGCCACCUGGAGCAGCGUCCACCUUCCACUGAGGAGGAGAAUGUGAAGCUGGCCCACAUGAAGCACAAGGAGCAGGUGUGAGUGGGCAGGAGCCCCCCCCCCCCCGCCCCUCCUCCUGGAGCAUCUACUGACUGUGCAGGGGGCUGCUCCCUAAAAGGCCCCUUCAUGAUCCCUUGCCAGGCUCAGCAGCUCCUUGGCUGCCACCACCCCACUGGACAGCCCCUCUAGGAUUUCCCACCGGACUCUGUCCAAACAGGACUUUGGGCCACUGCCCUUAAAAUGUGAUGGGACGGGGAGUAGGGCCAAUAUAACCCUUUGUCUCCCAAACGGGAGGAAAUGGGCAGUGGGUGUGCGAGUGUGUGUGUUUGUGAGAGUGUGUGCAUGUGUGUUUUCCCAGACGUUCAGGACAAGGGACCAUGUGGAAAGGAUUUUAGUCAUGGGCAGGGGGGUGGUGUCUAAAGGAAGGGGGAUGGCGAGGCGUUCAUCUGUGAGUGAGGCAAGUGCCAGGGGCCUUCAAGUUUCAGGGGCUCCCGGUGGGGAAGGGUCCAGAUACCUGUGUUUCUGACGACGUGUGUGUCUACCCUGUUUUCUAAGCAGGGGGUUAGGGGAGGCUUUGGGGAAGAUACCACGGGAAUAUGGGUACGGCUGGGGGGAGGGGGCCAGAGCCCAGGUGUGGACUCUGGCCAUGUAUAAAUAGGAGCCGAAUAACAUGUUUCUGUCAUAAUGUAGGCAUGAAGAGGGGGGGAGGGGAGUGAAGUCCAGGUCUUAGUUUUCAUGUUUGCUAUUGUUGUACAAAAAUGUAGCGGAUGUUACAGUUUUGGGGACUGGAGUUGGAGACUACUCUAAAUAGGGUCUUCACUCUUUGAAUCCUCCACUAAACACAUGUACUUUUACCUUUUAUAAAAAAACCCAAUAAAAUGUGUG